AUGGCUGCGAGACCCAAAGCGCCGCAGAAAGGCGCCCGGAUCAGCGAGCAACUGCUCUCCAUGCUGGAGCAGCUUUCGCAGCAGAUGGGCACGCGCGGAACGCGCUUGGGCUGCUGCCGCUGCUGCAAGUGUUGCAACUGCUCCAAGAGGCCACGGUCGGCUCAGCCAAAGGCGCGCGCCAAGAGCAAGAGCAAUUCCAACGGAUCGAAGGCGAAGACGAGCGCCUUGUCAAGUGCGAAGCGCGCGGAGUCGCACGCGGCGCUUCCCGGAGCUGCGCCGCGAGAGCCGCUGGCCCUACGGCCGACCGAGGCGCCGGAAAAGGUGCCGGAGCCGAAGAAGCCGAAGCCCAAGGACCCCAAGCCCCGCAGGGGCCAAAGCCUUCUGGAGGAGCUGCGGAGCUUCCCGGGGCAGGACAAGACUCCAAGCCCCCGGCCGCCCCGGGGCCAGCGGAAUCUGCUGAGCGUCCCCUCAGCGCAGCUCCGGGUGGAGGUGCGGCCCAGGAGACGCACCACCAGCCGGCCGGUGCGGGGAAGGACAACCUCUGCGCCAAAGGAGAGGCCUCAGCCAAUGGAGCCAGUGGCCUUCUCCCCGGCAGCGAGGCCGGCUGAGCCGGCCACAGCCCAGGGCCGGGGCCGGGGCCGGCGCAGCUCGCGGAAUCUGCUGGCGGAGCUGUACCAACCCAAGGAGGCGCCCAGCAUCAGCUUCGAUGGCCGCAGCUCCGGGCACUUCCGCGAGCCGGUGACCUUCGUGCCGCCGCCCCGGGCCGAGCCCUUGGCUGCACCUCCGCCGCUCCGAGAGCCGACGAUGGCGCCGCCACCGGCUCCAGCUCGAGAGCCGGUAGGCUCCCGGAGCAAUGCCUGA